AUGUCAGUCCUACAUAUUAACAGCAUUGGUGCUUUUACUCAAUUAUCUUCAAAUCAUGAUCAUAUUCCAAAUCGAUGUGUAUCAGACAACUUUUCCGCAUCGCGUUCAUAUACACCUGAAUAUCAUACCCAAACUGCAUAUCUUGCUCAACAUCGUCUAUGCGAACAAUUACGUGAAGAAGCCAAACGUGAUCGGAUAAAAGUCUCGAUUGUAUGUAAAGAUCUUGUUCGUUACAUUACAGAUCAUCAAACAACCGACACACUUGUCAUGGGAUUUUCAUCACCUAGAGACAAUCCAUUUCGCGAUAAACAAAAAUGUUCUUUGUUGUAA